CUUAGUAAUCAGUUCGGGACUGAAAUUUAGCAAACACACAAUAUUUACUUGCUUCCUCUGGAAUUACUCUGCUCGUCUUGCCUGAGGAGCUGAUGCUUUAAUCUGUGCACGGUUACAGUCUCCACAGGAGCAUUUUCUUGGAAGUCGCAGGCGGCUGAUUUAAUAAGAAGAAAAUUUAAAGGAUGGGCACGCGGAGACCUAUGAAUCGUAUAAACUCUGGCAAUGGGAGGUACUAUGACUCCCAUGGGAGUAGCAAUGGGAGCACAAGUGACAGUGAAGACAGCAAUGGCUCAGUCUAUUCUCCCAGAGCAGACAGUCGAAGUUACCUGCUAAAUGUGAGGCCUGAGAACAGGACCACAUUUUGCAACAUUAUAUCCCAACUGACUGAGGAGACACAGCCAUGUUUUGAGACAACGUUGAAAGCCAGGGCUGUGUCUGAGGGAUGUGAUGCUAAAUUUAUCUGCAUGGUGACAGGAUACCCAGAACCUGAGGUUACUUGGUACAAAGAUGAUCAAGAGUUGGAUCGAUAUUGUGGUUUGCCAAAAUAUGAAGUUCUCCAUAAUGGAAAGCGGCACACCUUACAAAUUUACAAGUGCACUGAAGAAGACGCUGCAAUUUAUCAAGCAUCGGCCAGAAAUAACAAAGGCAUUGUUACCUGUUCUGGAGUACUAGAAGUUGGAACAAUGACGGAAUACAAAAUACACCAAAGGUGGUUUGCAAAACUGAAGCGAAAAGCAGAAGCCAAAAUGCGUGAGAUUGAACAGAGUAGGAAACGAGUUAAAGAGAACUUUGAGGAAGGGGAAAGACUGAGGGCUUUGAGUCCUGAAAGGAUUCAAAGAAAGAGAAGGUUUUCAUCAGAAAAUAAAGAGGAUACAUCAUUGUCAGUGGCCAAAGAUGAUUUAAUUAAUGUUCAUAGUCCAGAUCCAAACUCCAGGAUGCAAGAGGAAAUUAUGAACACAAAUGAGCAACCACAUAAUCUGACUAAUGGCUUCAAUGUCUUGGAAACGCAACAGAAAGAGGCAACCACCAAUGGUUAUGCUGUACCUGACAAUAUAGAGGAAAAUGGUAAAGAAUUUCUUGCAUAUAUCUAUGAAACAGUCGAAGUUAUAACAAAGAAAACAGCAUUAGAGGAGUCCUAUGCAAAAAAGAAGAAAAAAGAUGAAGGACCUCCCUUACCUGUAGCAGCCUCUUUGAAAGAGGAAACAACACAAGGAAGCACCAAGAAACCAGAAAGCAUAAGUCCUGUUCCAAGAAGGUCUCGAUUUGGCAAAGAUGUUACCAACACUGCAGUGGGAGAAAAAAUGGAGGUUCAGAGAUCACCGCUGACAACAAAUAAAAGGUUUGCACCUUCCACUGCUCCAAAUAAAACAGGAAAAAGUAUAGCAGCAAAAGAUACAAAAAAACUGAAAGAUAGUAUUGUGCAAAGCAAUAAGGCAGUUGAUUCUCCCAUUCCAAAACCAGAUCAUUUGCAGACUAAAAGUGAUGUAAAUUUUUCUAUAAAAGAGAUGUAUUUUGGUGACUCUUUGGCACUGCCAGAAGGAGAAAUGGGCACACAAGCACUUGAGAGAGACAAGAAGGUAAAAUCAGAAGGUAAUGUGCACAGUUCAAAACCUUCAAAACCAUUAACUCAAGGGCAAAUUAAGGAGGUACCAAAAGUAGCCCCAAGGCGCUCUAAAGAGCAAAGAGAAUUGUCAGUUGGGCGCAAACCUCCUCCAACAACAAUUGUGAAAACUGAAGCUCCUGUAACUGCACCAGUCUCAAACAUUAGUGAAAUGAUACCAGUGGUUAAGACAAAAUGUGAGCAGCCAAAACCAUGUAUGGAGAACCCCCCAGAUUCUUCUACCUUUGUUUCAGUCCCAGUAUGUGAUACUAUUGACCAUCAUUUUAAGAAAGCUGAAUCAGCAGUGCUGGUUCCACCUGCAAAUACAUCCACUAAUACCGCAUUACAAAAUGGUAUCAAGGACAAACCUACAAUUGUGAAUAAGGACAAGUCUACAUUUCUGGAGUCACAUGUACCACAAGCCUCGGAGACGAACAUGUUAUCCUCAGUAGACCCUGAUGAAGAGAAGACCCGAAAAGAGACACUCCAGAAGCUGCAGAAUUUGGAAAUGGAAUAUAUGGCGUUGCAGAAAGCGUAUGCACUAUUGCAGAAGCAGCUAGAAAUCAGUCAGAAGGCAGAGGCAGAGAAGAUAAGUGAAGUCUCAGGAGGUGCAGAAUCAACUGUACAGGAACAAACUGACACAACUGAAAUAAAGGGUAUGGAAACACAAGAAAACACAGAGGACAAUGUUAAUCUUAUUAAAUGUCCAAGCUCACCAAUUCCAAUAUAUAUGGAAAUCGAGGAUUCUACACAAGUAGGGUCAAUACCUGUUGUGGACACUGUAAGUCAAGGUGAACAACUAGAAACUCUUCAGAUAAAUGAGGUUAUUCCGUUGGUUAUACCUAUGCAUUCACCAUUGUCCUUCCUGGAGACCAGUUCAGAGGAAGCAUAUGUGAUUGAUAUAAGUGACAACCAACGAAUGAAUGUGAUGAAUAAAGAUGCAUCUGAACCUACUGCAGUUUCAAGCGGGAUGAAGGACGUGGAAAGAGAUGAAGUUACACUUAAGGUCAGGGAGAUUUCCGAUGACAGUCUGACAGAAAAUGUCAGCAUUGCAGGCAUUUUAUCCAGUGAAGUUGAAAUGAUGGAGGAUGUGAAGGAACAACCACGUUUAGGAGACAUAUCUGUUGGAUCCUUGACUAGACCAGCAAGCACAUCACAGGAAGUGAAAGCAAUAGUAACAGAUGAAAAUUUAGUUAGUGAAGAAAUUCCCAAUGUGGAGACUCAAAUACAUUGUUUAGAUAUGUCUGAAAAUGUCCUGGAUAUCGAUUUUGCAUGUGACAGUUCAUCAAAGUUAUUAUCAAGUGAACAAAAUCAGUCUGUGGCAACUCUUCUUCGUGAUGUUAAAAAAGCUCUGGAGUCAGGAGUGACCAGUAAUGGGGAAAGUUCCAUAGAUUCUAGUUCUUUAAACUCUCCAACGGCUUUACCAUUGGGGGAAGAUCAUUAUGAAGCAGAACAUUAUGAAGUAGAACUAAUUCCACCUUUGGCACCCAAAGAAGAGACACACAGGCAAGAGCUUGUGACAUCAGUAACUAAGAGCACAAAUGCAACAGAGACGCAGCCCAAGACAGUUGAACUAUCCACAACUUCACAUACAGAUAGUCAACAAAAUGUUCAGGACAAUAAGGCAAAACAAGAAAAGCAGGAUCACAGUUUGGUAACAACGCUGAAAAAUUCCUUGUUGAUGUUGUUACACAUAAAAACAGCAGAUGUUGUAGAUCAUAAGCCAGAUGAAAAAGGUAAAACAAAAAUUGAUGGUGCCCAUCUACAGUCACCUGUAGAUAGUUAUUUACCUGAAAGAAACUUAAGUCCGCCAAGUCCCAGGAAAAUGUAUGAAUCUGGCAAAGAUAGUGACUCCCCACAGAGCACAGAGAGUAUGCAUUCCAGUUCCACAUCAGGUAAACUGACCCCAGCUUCUGAGGAAGACAUGGUUCAGAAUGGGGAUUCUUUGCCAACAAGUCCAGCCAUUCCUUUGACUGAUUCCUCAAAGAAAGAUGAUAUAAUAUCUCAAGUGUCAAGUGCCCCACUGAGUCCAGUAACACCUAGGAGGAGUUCAAAAGCCACACAGGAGGGAACUGUCUUGAGCAAGGAAGAUCUAAGUUUUAGUCCAUCAACUUCAAGAAAAAUAGCAGCUAAAAUAGCAUCGGGCACAGAUUUUACUGCUGCCCUAUCUGUACCUUCCAUAGUCGUUGGUAGCCUACCUGCUGAACAAACCCUUGAAAGUAUGCAUUUUGAUUCUGAAAGCGACAGCAGCCGCAAAUGGAAAUCUACUGAAAAUCUAGUUCCAAUUCCUUCAGCAACUCCAGAAGAGCUGGCUUCUGGUGCACGCCGUAAAAUAUUUCUCCCUAAGUCUAAACAACUGGAUGAUGAAAAUAUUGGAAGCACAGACUCACUUUCACCUCCCUCCAGAAAAGAGAGCCCCAAUGUGUCUCCAGGACAAUCUAGAAGGAAUAAGUCCUUCUUGACUUCCCAAUCUCCACCCAUUGAGAAACGUUCCCCUGGCACAAUACGAAGGUUGGGAGUCCUGGAAGUUCCAAAGAUACAUGAAGAAGAAGUAGAUAAAGGGAAGGAUGCAGAAUCUGGUGCACAGGAAACAAAAAGUACUUUGUCUAAAGAAGAUGCACAGUCUACAGAAACUAAAAAAGUAAAUGAUCCUUAUAAAGCUCCACAGGUUAUCCGGAAGAUACGGGCAGAACAAUUUUCUGAUGCAUCUGGCAAUUUAAAACUCUGGUGCCAGUUCUUCAAUAUUUUAAGUGACUCAGUCAUAACCUGGUAUAAAGAUGAAGUUCAAGUGGCAAAAGUAAAACGAUGCUCUGGAGAUGAAGGACAGGCGGCUCUUGCAAUUGUGCAGGCUUCAGUGAAAGACUGUGGUGUGUAUCAGUGCACCAUCCAGAAUGACUAUGGAUCCGAUUCAACAGACUGCCUGCUGAGCUCAGAGGUUUUAUCUGGAUUUAUCACCAAAGAGGAAGCUGAAGUUGGAGAAGAAAUAGAGAUGACACCAAUGGUAUUUGCGAAAGGAUUAGCGGACUCUGGCUACUGGGGAGACAAGUAUUUUGGAAGGAUAGUUAUGGAAGAGCCACAUGUUGGAUUGGGAUUUCUGAGAAAGUCUUGCAGAGUAAAAGUGAUUUAUGGGUUAGAUCCAAUGUUCGAGUCAGGAAAAACCUGUAUUAUCAAAAUCCGAAACCUCAUCACUUUUGGGACCAAGAAUGAAAGCACUUUAGUGGAAAAAAAUUAUGAUAUCACCAUUCAGGAUUGUAAAAUUCAGAACACAACCAGAGAAUACUGCAAGAUAUUUGCAGCUGAAUGCAGAGGGGUCCCUACCUUUGGACAGUUCCCAGAGAUUUUGCCUCUAAACUUGAUUUAUCGGCCUGCCAACAACAUACCCUAUGCUACUAUAGAAGUGGACCUGGAAGGGAGAUUUGAGAGGUACUGCAUCAGAGAUCUAGCAGGAAAGUUACUUAUGAAGGAUGGGACAGAAAUAGAGCAGAAAUGCAGCACGUUUCAGCACUGGGUGUACCAGUGGACUAAUGGCAAUUUCCUGGUCACCACCCUAGAAGGUGUUGGAUGGAAAUUAACUAAUAUAGCAAUUGCCACAAAAUCCAAGGGAUACCAAGGACUAAAAGAGAGCUGCUACCCAGAAGUCCUUGAGGAAUUCCCAUCAGUUCACCAGUGCAAUAAUUAUUGUGAAAUGCUUGGUCUAAAGUCUAUUAAAGCAACUGAAAGCCUCCUACCUCCACCCAAGCCAAAGGGCUCAAGGAGUCCUCAGAUGGGAAGGAAAACUGGGUCUGCUCAGUCAAGCCCCCAGAUACAAAAGAAACUUUUGUCAAGUCCACAAAGUGCUAGAAAAGGUGGUGUCAGCCCAAAAUCCACAAGAAAAGCCACAGACACAGGAGACCCACAGUCAGGAGCCAAACACAAAGGAAAUGACGGGUCAGCAACUGAAAAACCACAAUAAAACAGAACAUUGAUAUUUUCCAAACCUGGACUUGACGGAAACUUCUAUUUUGUUGAACAAACUACAAAACACAAGGGAUAUAAACGAUACAGCGACAGUCUCCUCCUCCACGACCCAACAGAACGGCUGUUGACAGCCUGCUCCACGUGUGGUUUAUGAGAAAUGGAAGGUGAGCAAUACAGGUGCAUUUACUCUUGACGUGGACAGGAUGUACUAUAAAGAAGGUGUCUAGUAAGCUCAUGUGUCUGAUAAAAGGAAUGCUGUAAUUCAUAGCUUUGCGCGUGAUAUUAACGACACUUGAGUGAUUUAUGAGAACUAAAUGUGAAAUUAUGUGAAUUACAAAUUAUUUGAGCGUUUGUUUUAAGUACAUGUAAGAAUAAAUGCACCUCUAUUACCCAUUUUGUUUUAUAAGCUACAUAAAAGGACUGAUGGACAAAGCACACAAUUACGGAAACCACUGAAUGUUUUCUUUUCGCUGCUAGAUGCGAGUGUACUGUACCACUUGUUGCAUUUUGUUUUCCAACUCAAUGGUCAAAUACAGUUACAGGUAAAAGACUACAAUAACGUAAAGACAGUGUUUUACCUAAACAGAGUAUGAUGACCACAAACAGGAAAGCACAUAGUAACUGCAAGAGUGAGCUGAAAUUGCAGUACAUCUUAGUGAUGAAAGCAAUGACUCUCAGUACCUCUCUACUAUAUCCAGCAUUCACAGACACAAUACAUGUACGUGUUCUUUGCAGAGAGUGUGGUGUUUUAUGCACUGGCAAAAAAUUUUUCCUAUAUCUCAGGGUGAUUGUCCCAGUGUCAGUCAUGUAAAAUAUGUCCACAAAGCUGUAGAUUAUUAAGGAAUCUGGGGGACAACAUGGGAUUAUAGUCAAUGGUCAACCAUUGCCUCAAAUCAUUCUCAGAAGACUUUAAACAGGACAGGUUGCAGCAUUUGAUUUUGUUUUUCAGGUCCUCUAACCAAACCCUAAGUCAUCAACCUUUCUUCGUCAUUCAAGAUAAUCACAGCACUUUCAUGUUACUGGAUGCAGGUCAUAAAAUUGUAAGUGGAAGAUAGGAUUUCUCUAAUCCAGAAAGCACAUUAUUUCCAUAUUAUACGGUACAGAAAGUGAAGCAUCUAAUGCCUGGGUAAUUUGGUGACACGUAAGCACAUAACAACCAACAUCAAAGAACUGUUACUCGUUUUCCACAGAACAGAGGAGUUAUAGUGCUUAGGGACUUUUGGUGCAGUUACACGAUUUGGAAUUAGUUUAAAAUAUCCAUUUGAAUAAAAUAUUUAGCCUAUAAAUAAAUGGAUGAUAAUGCUUACUGUCAUCAGGAAAAAAGCUGUACAACAAAUUUUGGCUUUUUCAUCUUGUAAAUAUGGGGCUGAAUCCUGCUUUUGCCUUCCAUGAUAUGAAUGUAUACCCCAUUCCAAGUUGAAAGCCAAAGCGUGAACGCCAUUUAUCAGGCUGGCCAAACCUCACUUGUUCUUCCUUAGAGAGCUCCCAUGUACCCCAUUUUUCCUAUGACAAUAAACUUUCUGGAAGUGAAAUUCUGGAGCAUUACAAGUGAGACAGUCAGUGAGUAUAGGUAACAAGAUAACUGUUUCAUGGAACUUGACACUGAAAAUGAAGCAAGAAAUGUCAGUUAUUACCCUGCAAAAGGGCAGGUUGCAUUUGUGCCCCCAUUAUAUAGACGUCAUGAGCCAGCAAGUAAAUUACUGUUUUAUUCAGAAAGAGUAUUGGUUCUUAGAAAUCACAGCAUCUUUGUUCUUCAUGGACAGUUAUAAGCAUUGACGAUGACAUUUUGCCUCGUUCUGGGAUCCGAGUCUGGCGGGAAGCCCUGAGCCGGGCUCGGAUUCCGGCUCGGAUCGUGAAGUUCAAAGCAAAUCUAUUGCCUGCUCAUCUUAUAGUAAAGGCCUGAUGUUGGGGGCACAUUUGAUGGCUAAAAGUACGACAUGAAUAAAUGACAUGUUCUGCACUGUGGAUGUCACACUGUAGAGUCCAACAUGUAGUAUUAUGGUGUUCUUGCUUGGUAGCUAUCCUGGAAUGUUAGAAACAUUACAAAUUAAUACAAAAAUGUAUUUUUAUUGAGGGUUUUGGCCUUCCUAAUUAUUGGUGCCUGGCCAUAAAUAUACGCAGUUCUGAGACUCAAACAAUGAGCACAUAUUGCAGCAAAAUAAUGCAUGGUGCUCUGUAGGCAAAGUGACUAGAGAAAUACUGCCAACAUAUGUGCUGACAGCCAGGCACACAGUGCACUCUAACUGCACUGUCCACCUGGAACCAUUCUCAACAGUUUAGAUGCGAAUACUGUAGUUAUCCAAUAAUUAUCCAAGUAGUAAGUGAUCCUCAAUGUGGUGGGAACCCCUCACACAGCGGAGUUACAUGUUUUGCAGAGGGUGGUCAUGCACUUAAUCUGUGACCAAACUUCUGUUUAUAUAUAGUCAGGGCUGUGAACAUUUGCACUAUGGUGCUUUGCUUUAAACCUUCCCUGCAGCGUGCCACAAUAGUCACUUUGCCUCAAGUUUGUUUUUAUGUGCUUUUCAUCACUGUUCUUGUUUUUGCUUUGUGUGACGUGAUAAAUGUAAUGUUUCUCUUUGCACAUUUGUUUGGUGUAUUAGAUUCCUGGAAGCACUUCAUUAAAAUGUAGCAGUUAGUGAU